AUGAGAGCAGAACGGAGAUAUCCGAAGUCGUCGUGGCCAACGGCAGUGGUCAGAAAAUGGUUGAACAUGAAAACCGGUAGAGAUGAAUUUCACUCAGAUUAUAAGAAUCAUGUAGUGGUUCAAAGAAGAAGGAAGAGUUGCUCUGAUGAUGGACUAUACGUUGUGGUACCUGAAGAAUUAUCAGAAGAAUGGUCGAUGCAAACGAGGGGUGCUGAUCAACGGCCAGGAUUUAAUCAGAUAGUACCUUUUAUACCGAGUACCACCAACCUCAGGGGAAUCAUGGGAUACCUUGGAAAUAAGGGAGCAAUAUCUGUGAGCAUGGUAUUGGACAAGACAUCAUUUUGCUUUGUGUGUACUCACUUAGCCUCUGGAGAUAAAGGGGGUGAUGCCAUUAGAAGGAAUUUAGAUGUUAUGGAGAUUAUGAAGAGAACAACAUUCUCUCAUCCAUUUGGAUUAAUACAAGGAAAAUCAAUGCCACCACAAAAUAUUUUGGAUCAUGACAAGAUAAUUUGGCUUGGAGACUUGAAUUAUCGGUUGUCAUCAAGUUGUGGGGAUACAUAUGAGCUACUACAAAAAAAUGAUUGGCAAGCUCUUCUAGAGAAAGAUGAGUUGAGAAUAGAGCAAAAGGCUGGUCGAAUAUUCAAAGGAUGGGAAGAAGGAGAGAUAUUUUUCGCUCCGACAUAUAAAUACAUCACUGAUUCCGACCAUUACGUAGUUCAAACGUCGUCUUCAAAAGAAAAACGACGCACUCCUGCUUGGUGUGACAGAAUACUUUGGAAAGGAGAAGGGAUAAAGCAAUUGUGCUAUGUUCGGGCCGAGUCGAGAUUUUCGGAUCACCGGCCCUUUGUCAAUGCUGAGGACUUGUUCACAGAUCAAGGAAGGAAAGGUCUUUCUGACUUUGUCCUCAUCCCAAUGGAAUCCAUCUGCUGUUAUCAAAUCACUCACCUUCUUGAUAUUCCUAUCAAUGCCUGGCAGCAGCUCAACUGGCUUCCCCAUCAUAUUUGGAAUCCAAUGCUCAUCCCAUACAUUGACUGA